AUGCUUACUGCUUCUUUCCGUCCGCCUAGCGGUGGCUGGUACUGUCGUCCCCCGCCCCCAAUGCAGCGCCGCGGCCGCUCACGCCAAAUAUCGCCAGUGGCACUAGCCAGGCAGGCAUCCGAAGAACGGAGACUAUAUCAUUUAUGUGCCGAGAAACAGCGGGAAGCAGAAAUUGCUAGACAUACAAACUUCUUUGUGCCACAGGCACCUCUCUUAUCCAAGUUAGAGGAGGCGGAUCCUUCAUCGACGCAUGAACAACGUUGUGGUUCAGAUGCAUCAUCAGUGGUUCGCUCUCCUUCACGGUCCGCUGAAUCAUCAGCACCAUCUUCUAUUUCCCUUGACUCAUAUGACUCGCCUCCCUCACCUCCCCAAUCACUUGAGGACCAAGUACAAGUGGCUUAUGCGUUGGAUGACAUCCGUCUUGCCAAGAUCCUGCUUCUUAAACUUAAAGGGAUCGAAGUCACCUCGGACAAUGAUCCUCGAAUAGAUGAAGUUCAAGACGAGGAUUUCGAUAUGUGCUUCGUACCAUCAGGUCCGCUCAAGCUUGAAGAACCUGAAUUGCUUGUUGUCCAAGAAACUCGACGGAGACAGCAACAGAAGUGGGAGGAGGCUCAACGAAGACAACGCCUGCGCAUGUGCGAAAGGAUUUGGGAGCAGGAGAAGCACCGUCUACACACCGAGCGGCUUCGCGCUAUUCGCCGCCGCGAGGAGGAAAUCGCUGUAGAGGAAGAGCGAAAGCGGAUAGCAGAGGUUCACAAGCGUCAAGAGGCAGAGCUCGCUCUUCGACAGCGUUCCACGCGGAGAUGCUCUUCGAAGCGUAACGAAGAUACAUUUCAGUACAGCUUCAUGCGGCCCAUGAAUUUGAGCACAACCCCACCCAAGCGUGGUCUCACAUCCCCGAAACCCCUCCGUAAUGACACCACGCCGAAACCUUCAGGUGGCCAGCAGCGCACGGUGUCGUUCAAGGAGGUCAUGUCCUCCAUGGACGGUAAGCUGUUCCCCCUCGACGCAGCUGAGCGGGCGGAGGAGGCGAGGCGUAUUGCAGGAAUCAGUACUGUCUCCAGCCCUUCGCGCCACCAUCAUAACUCUGCGCGAUCUGAUUUACUGCUGAACCUGCUGCAUGUAGUCGAGUGGCAGGAAGGAGAAAGGAGAAAGGCGAAAGGCAAGAACGUGGAACGACCUGCGCAGCUUCUUGAGCAAUCUCCGCUCUGCAGCACUCCUGCCCCUAUACCUUCGAUCCCUUCAACUGACUCGAUACCCCCAAUGUCAUCUUCUGUUGCCACGUCUCGAUCGAACUCUUGGCUGUCCUUUGGCAGUUGGCGCUCGUCGGUAACAGACAUUACGUCUCCCGAAGCAUCUUCGCCUGUCUCGGACUCGCCCAAAUGCUCCACGUCAUCCCUGCAGCUACCCACUUUCUAUGACAGUCAGCGAGAUUUGAGCCCGCGCUCCUCCUUCGUCCGUGUUUCGCUCGAUGAAACGCCACUAUCGCCAUUCAAGGCUCAAAGACAUACUCAGGAGGUGCAAUGGUCUCGACCUACUGUCGAGGUACCUUCAUUAGCAGGUCAGUCUCGUGGAUUGGAGAGCAUGGGGAAAUCGCUGGUUCGACAUGUCAGUCGUUCUGUUCAUGGGAUAGUCGAUGUGGCGAAAGGACUCCAAUCAGCCUACAUCUCUACGACCAUGUUUUCCGUUGGCGCCGCUCCCUCCCUCUCUUGUACGUUUUCACACUCUCGAGCCAGCUCCUCCAACAGAAGGAAUUUCCGACCCUACGGCUACCGUGCUCGCCCAGGUGACGUGAAGAAAUUUACCUCUCUUACCACACCAUCACCAACAACCACCUCGCCUGAGCCGAUUCACUUUAUUCCUCUCGUAUCUCCUUUCCCACCGGGUAGUGCAUUAGUUGUGCACCGCUCGGGGGCCUCUCACUCCCUCAUCGUCCCUUCGCCCCUUCGCCCUCGCACUCCCCCCACUGCGCUCGCUUAUCGCAUGCGGCCCGUCGCGAACCCCGAACUCCUUCGUUUACGUGCACUCCAGAAUCUCAUGUAUUUGCGGGGCAAAGAAUGGGAAGGCCGCGGACGAGAAGGCGGGCUCGGUUGCGGUAAAGAGCGUAUGCUUGGCGUUGCCUUUGAAGGCCGGGGGCCGAGCGGCCUAGGGUGCGAGAUCCGCUUUGUUAUCGCAUGA